AGCCGUCAACCUCAACGCAACGACAGGUCACUCCAUCUCCGAAUUCCACGAGACGUCGCCCACACAAAUCCUUCGAAAUGGCUGCUCUGAUCAAGGCUGCGAACGCCAAAAUCCGGUCAAACCCGGUGACUGACUAUGUUUGCUCGACCCACUUUUGGGGCCCUGUCUCCAACUUCGGUAUCCCUCUCGCGGCCAUCAUGGACACGCAGAAGAGCCCUGAACUGAUCUCGGGACAGAUGACUGGUGCUCUCAUCAUCUACGCCGGUACUUUCAUGCGAUACUCACUGGCUGUCACACCCAAGAACUACCUCCUCUUUGCCUGCCACUUUGUCAACGCUGGCGCCCAGCUCACCCAAGGAUACCGAUACCUCAACUACCAUUACUGGGGCGGAAAGGAGAAUAUGCCCAAGGAGCAGCUGGCACAGGCGGCCGAGGCUGCCAAGGGAAAGGUUGAGAAGGCCACGGAGAAGGUUCAGAAUGCUGUCAGCAAAUAAAGAGAUUGCCAGACCGACGGUCACUGGAAGGGAUCGGUGUGUCGGGCUGCAUGCCGUCCAUAAUAGGAGUGUCCCCGGGUUGUACCUCGGGAUUCGGAGAGUGGCAGCACACAGCUACCGCACAAUAACGUUGUAACUUUACAAGAAUUUGUUCCCUCGAACAUCUAGAAUCACAACCCGAGUUGGGGUCUUUGCAGUACUCGUGCCUGAAGAGUUGCUACGAGAAGAUCUUGUUGCGGGGGCCCUUAGGUCAAUGAAUAUGGUUAGAACAAAGAAAUCAAGCCUUCAAAUGCCA